AACGAAUCGGUGGGCUUGAUUUGGGGGCUACGUGUUCGGUCGGCGCUCCACUCGUUUGCGAUCUAUCGGAGGGCGAGAAGGGCGUUUCGAAGAUUGAAGCUUCCUGGUUGAAGAGUGUGAAAUUGGAAGGAAGCAAUCUAGAAAUGGAGAACUUGUUUCUUGUGGAUUGAAGAGGAGCCGCUAUCUUCCGCUAUCCAGUGCAAGUUGCAGCGAAAUCUCGAAGUUGAUUCGGAAUAGGGUUUCUCUUUUUUUCUUCUUGUUUUUGUUUUUCAUAUUUCGUUGAAGGGGAAAAGAUUGUAUCUUUGGGAUUGUGUCGGUUAAACAUGUCGUUCCAUUUAAUGGCUUGGCUCAAGAGGAAGAUCGUCGAUCCGCUUAUGCAGAUCAUUAGAAGGGGUGCUGAACCGAAGCAAUUGGCCCUUUCUACUGCUUUAGGCAUUACUCUUGGUGUCUUUCCAAUAUGUGGGACGACGGUUUUCCUUUGUGGUUUAGCCAUAGGACUCAUUGGAAACCAUUGCCAUGCUCCAACUCUCAUGCUUGCCAAUUUUGUCGCCACCCCGAUUGAGUUGAGUUUAAUUGUACCAUUCUUGCGGCUAGGCGAACUCAUCUCCGGCGGUCACCAUUUCGCAUUGACCUCAGAUGCCUUUAAAAAAGUGAUAACUGGUCAGGCCUCGAAAGACGUUUUUAUCAGCAUAUUUCAUGCGUUGUUGGGUUGGAUUAUUGCGGCACCAUUCAUCCUUGCCACUCUGUAUACUCUCCUGGUCCCUUGUUUUAAGUUACUGGUUCGCAGAUUUAGCGUAAGUCCUUCAAGCUCAAAGAUACUAGCCACAGAUUGAACUCUGUUAUAUGCCUAAGAAGAGCAUUUAGAUGUGCCAAAUAAUGACAACAAUUUUAUGGUUCCAUUGAUAUUCCAAUAUUUGCAUAACUUCUCGCAUUUUAUCUCAUCGUGUAUGUAGAAUAUACUCAUUUGCUGUCUUUUUUUUUCUAUUUUUUUUUUAUUUUCAUCGAAUCUUAAAUAAAAUUGAUUGUUUAGUUUGUUUAUAAUUUGUAGAAUGAACUCCUUUGAACGAAUUAUGAGGGGUUGAUGUAUAACCGGGAUUACAAUAUACGCGUCACUAUCGGGAUUCUACGCCGUCCACGUGUGUUGCAUCUACAACGUUCCUUACCUUGCCCCUUUCUAAUAAACUCGCUCCCUCGCCCGUUUUCAUUUCAGUUCUCCGGUUUCCUUGUUUCUUCCUUUUUCGAGCAAGGACACGAUUCGCAAGGCGGCCUCCGCUCUCGCUCCCUCGCCGCGUCCGAUGCCAGGCUACCGGAAUCUCACUUCCCGCCUUCCUUCUAGGCCUUACCGCAGCCUUUCUUUGUUCUUGAUAGUGUCUCCGAUCACGACGACGUGGCGUGCUUUGCUUCCUACGGUCGCCGUUCCCAUCCUGGCUUGGUGGGUGUCGUUUUAAGCUAUUCGAGGAGACCUUUUUGGUCCUGACGUUUCAGGAGUUUCCAUUGUUAUUAUCCACGGGUUUUACUUUGUUUCUUUUGAUGAGAUUUAUAUUUCAUUUUUGUCCUAUUUUUCUGUUCUUUUUUUUUUUUUUUUUUUUGGAUCCCGCUCUCGAUCCAGUGGUUGUUCCAAUCUUGAGUGUGCAACCUGAAUAAAUCGUAAUCUUGAUUCUUUUAUAUAUAUAUUUUUUAUGAAUGAGAAUUUUUUCAUGUACCAGAUCAUAGAUCAUGAGCUCAGUUUGAGAGUUUAAUACCUCCUUUAUCCUUUAUGUGUUAGUUUCUAUUCCAAAGACUAGUAGUCAUUCAUGUUUUGAGAUGGGUUGAUGGGAGUCUUUUGUCACAAUAAACUCAGUUUGAGAGAGAGAGAGAGUCGUGAGGAGAUUGGUUACUGAUACAAGGCAGAAUCUGACGUCCACUUUUAGGCAACCCCCAUUUAGGCAAUCCCUCUGCCUGAAGCCAGGCUUCUGAUGUUUAUUUAUGUGAUUUGAUACUCUUAACAUCUUAAGGAUCCUGGUUCCCAAUAUUAAUUAAUUUAUUUUUUAGGAGCAAUUUCUGUGUGCAAUGACUUGUCAAGAUUUUGCAUGAUGAUUGAUUCAUAUCUAUCGCCAUUGGCUCCCUUAAUUUCGAAGCUCAAGGUGCUCUCUCUUGCAGCCAACAAACUCACAGGAAGCAAUUCUUCUUUGAUCAGUAGCCUCUCCAGCCUAACAGGACUGCACUUGGCUGAUAAGCCUGCUCGCCGUCACUGUGUCUACUUCAGUUGGAAACCUAACCACGCUGACUGAGCUUGUUCUAGCGCGGAACAAUCUUGGAGGAGGCAUCCCCCUCCACUUUGGAGUUCCUCUCUUGUGAAGUUGUGAUGCUUGACGUACAGGGGAACCACCUGUCUUACCGAAAGAAUUCUAAUUGGUUGAUCCAAUCAAUUUGAUUAAAUAUGAUUUUCAGAAUAUAUUCUAUAUGAUAUCAAAUUAGGUCUUAGUUUUUUUAUUUUAUGUAAUCAAUCAGAUGGGCGGAUUUCAUAGUUGAAAAGAUGGUAUAUGUUGUUGUAAUUGACUAUUGAUGAUUACAUACAUAAUUAACAGAGCUUUUCUCCCAGUUACUUUCAUA